GGUUGAGGGGAUUGUGCUCCACAGCCCACAAAGUUGAGAAUAAAAACGGCAAAACUUUCACUGGACACAGCACAGGUACUGAACAGUACGAGCGUGACAGCAAAGGUCCCUAAAAUCAAAAUAUAACGAGAGAGGUGGGGGGGAAGCUCCUCUGUACACAAGUUGAUUAGGAUCGGGCCGUCCCAGGAUGGAGAUAACGGACACCUCCCUCUGCUCCUUCUCGUCCGCUGAUGACUUCUACGAUGACCCCUGCUUCUCGACUUCGGACAUCCACUUCUUCGAGGACCUGGACCCCAGGCUAGUCCACGUAGGGCUGCUCAAACCCGACCAGCUGCCCACCGAGGAUGAGCACAUCCGAGCGCCGAGCGGGCACCACCAAGCCGGCCGCUGCUUGCUCUGGGCAUGCAAGGCCUGCAAGAGGAAAACCACCAACGCCGACCGCAGGAAGGCGGCCACCAUGAGGGAGAGGAGGCGCCUCAGCAAGGUGAACGAGGCGUUUGAGACCCUCAAGAGGUGCACCUCCACCAAUCCGAACCAGAGGCUGCCCAAAGUGGAGAUUCUGAGAAAUGCCAUCAGGUACAUUGAGAGUUUGCAGGCGCUGCUCAGGGAGCAGGAUGAGAACUAUUUCACAGUCAUGGAUCAGUACAGUGUCGACUCCGAUGCUUCCAGCCCCAGGUCCAAUUGCUCGGAUGGAAUGCUGGAUUGCAGCGGGCCCACGUGUACGAGGAGACGCAGCAAUUUCGACAACAACUACUUCACAGAAACGCCAAACGAUUCGAGAACUGGUAAAAGUUCCGUUAUUUCAAGCCUGGACUGCCUCUCCAACAUUGUCGAAAGGAUUUCCACCGAUCGGCCCACCUGUUCCGUUAUGAUCGUCCCUGACGGAACCAUGGGGACCCCGUCAUCUCCCAGUGACGCUUCCACUUUGAACGACCCCACAGCCAUCAUCCCGUCACCGGAGACCUGUACCCGCACCGAGAUUCAGACCGAGAACCCCAUCUACCAGGUCUUAUAACGCCUGGUGACAGUCUCCUGGCCCGCUUGUACCCUGAGGAGAAGGUUUGAAGGGAGCCUCAGAGGAACCGAAUUCAGAAGAUGUUUCAUAGCCAAAAACAGCUAUUAAUCCAAAAACAGACCACUUGACAAACCUCCCACAAGUACUAAAGUCUAACCAAUUACAUAUUUCAUACUUAUCUGCAUUUAGGAACAGAAAUGUGUUUUUUUUCUUUACUUUUUUAAAAAUGCAUCCGAAGAAACCAAAGAUAAGUACAAAAGAUCAUGUGGACCACUUUUUGUAAAGCUUUGUGUAUACUGUAAAUAAGAGUUGUCUUUUGCCAAUCCGUUGAAAUAUUUAAUGUCGCUUGUUUAUAGAAAUGCUUGGUUUGAUGUGCCAAACUAAAUUUAUAUAUUUAUAUAU